AAUCUGCCGUUAUGUGUCCUGCCACAAAGCCCUGCAAACAAUUACAUAAAGGCCACACUCUGCUGAAUGCCAGGGUUCAUCAGCUUACAGCCGGGGAUUUUGUUAACUGGAUUAACGCUAGAUUUAAACUCUGCAUUUAGGCUCAAGAAGUGAAAAUAAUCAGCGAGCCCGUCUGAGCGUCAGCUAUAAAAGAGGGAGGCGCCGACUGGUCCUCAGCUGCACCGAGUCUGCACCGAGAACCUGCAACCCUUCAGUCUGCACUCCAGAAUGGACUUCCAGAUGUUGGCCCUGGUGAUGCUGGUCCUGGCCUGCGUGGAGCAGAGCCUGGCCUCCUGCGUGGUGGACAGCUUCACAGUCAAACAGGACUUUGACCCCAAAAGGUAUGCAGGGAAGUGGUACGCGCUGCAGAAGAAGGACCCCGAGGGUUUGUUCCUGCAGGACAACAUCUCUGCUGAGUACACGGUGGGAGACGACGGAGCCAUGGUGGCCUCCUCCAGAGGCAGAGUCACGCUCUUUGGGUUCUGGGUCGUGUGCGCCGACAUGGCUGCUCAGUACUCGGUGCCCGACCCCGGCACCCCUGGCAAGAUGUUCAUGAACUACCAGGGACUGGCCAGCUACCUGUCCAGUGGCGGCGACAACUACUGGGUCAUCGACACGGACUACGAUAACUACGCCAUCACAUACGCCUGCCGCGCCCUGAAGGAGGACGGGAGCUGCGACGACGGCUACGCCCUGGUCUUCUCUCGUAACCCCCGCGGCCUCCCCCCCGCCAUCCAGAGGAUCGUCCGGCAGAAGCAGGAGGAGAUCUGCAUGGCCGGAGAGUUCCAGCCUGUGCUGCAGUCUGGAGCCUGUUGAACUGCUGCUCGUCAGGACUUUGCUCCUCGUCAUCGCUGAUCAUCCUGCUGAGACCACCAGAAGGAGGACAAUCCUGUUCACUCGUCCCCUCAGACAAAUCCAGUCCAACACUCCAUGAAAAGACG